UUGUAAGGCGUUGUGAUGUGCGUGCAAUGUGAAGGUAAUAAAGACACCAUAUGUAGUAUCAUUAAAAGGAUGAGCAAAUGGAGUAACUUGGCUUCUACCUGCGAUGAAUAAGGACCGAUCGGAACCCAGGCUGGAGGUAAUCACUGGGAAUCAAAAUGAUACGGGUUCUUUUCGAGGGUAUGUUUUCUUCCCGUGGCCCAGUGCAUCUGAAUCUGACACUGAAAUAUGUUGCGAUUCUGACAGGAAAUAUGUCUUUGCAUCAUCAAGUGAAACAUCUGGCGUGACUAUUGUGUUCGAGCAAUGCGAUGGAAUCCAAGGGGGAGAAACAAUGUUUAAGUCAAAAUCAAACAUGGCAGAGAGUACCGAAUAUAUUGAUGAGGAAGAAACACCGAUGGAGCCAUGCAUGUGGUUGCCAGAACCUGAAAUGCAAGAGGCGGUACUCUCAAGGGGGAUGGAAAUUUCAUCAUCAAUAUUGAAUCACAAGUUAAGUGAACAAGAACAUGGACCCAACACGGAUUUGAAUUUGCUUACAGCUGCAUAUGUUUCCAUGGACUCCAGUGUUUCCCCUUCACACGGAGAUUUCAUCGUACCUGAUCCUGCUAUUUAUAAACAACGCACCCCUUUGGAGAAUACUGUCCUGCACUUAGCAGCUGCCUAUGGAAAGAAUGCAAUGGUAGACAAUAUAGCUCAACAAGCUCCCUAUCUUUUUACAGUGACUAACAGCAAUUAUGACACCGCACUGCAUGCUGCUGCAAGAGCAGGCCAUGCCUCUACCAUUCAAAAUUUCUUGAAUACUUGGUUGCCUUUUAUAAGACGUGAGACAGACGGUCAUCCUAAAGAUCAAUUCACUUUGCAAAUGAUGCUCUUGGUGUCUUUGACUUUGUUGCGAAACAAGCAAGGAAACACUUUCUUUCAUGAGGCAUUUAUGGUUAAUGCCCAAAAUGGGGAUAAGAUUUUCAGGGCUUUUCAAGAUUCUUUCAUUACAGAUGGUUUAGAGAUGGAAGCUGAAUUUAAGAAAAUUGUCAAUCAUUUAGCAGUAUUUGCAGUCAACAAGGAAGGGAAAUCAUUAUUGUACGUGGCCACUGAGGUUGGUUGUAAGCAAGUUGUUGAUCAACUAUUGGAUAUUUGCAUCGAACAUGACGUCAAGCCUCAAGGAAAAUCUCCUUUUCUUCCGGCACUUACCGAGAGAGAUAUGGAUAUGUUGCAAACCAUUCUGAUCAAGAAACCAAAUUGGAUACACUUAAGAAAUGAAGAAGGAAGGCUUGCCCUCCACCAAGCAGCAUCUAUAGGGUACCAUGAAGCUGUUUCCUACUAAGUAAAGAAAUGUUCUUCAUGUACCAUUGAAAGGGACAACCAUGGCUUCUUCCCUAUUCACUUGGCAUGUAUUAGAGGUCAUGUCAAAGUAGUUGAAGAGCUACUAAAAUACUAUCGAGAUCCCACAGAGCUGCUUGACAAAAAUGGUCGAACUUUGCUUCACGUUGCUGGUAAAAGUGGAAAAUAUGAGCUUGUUAGGUACAUCCUCCAACAUCCUAAACAUGAGAUUAUGAUAAACCAGAUAGAUAAUGAUGGGAAUACUCCUUUGCAUUUGGCCACCCUUCACUGCCAUCCCAAAAUUGUGCAUUCGUUGACCUGGGACAACAGAGUUAAUCUCGCUGUGCUAAACCAAGAAAACCAAACAGCUCUAGACAUUGCUGAACUAAGGCAUGGCAAAAAUCCAUCCAUUG